AUGUUUUUGUUCUCAAAUCUUCUUGAUACAGUUCUAUCGCAAAAACAUAUCCGCAUCGAUUCGGACCGACUUGGCGCCUCGACUGCCUCUAGUGGUGCAGGUACUUCGCCGGAAGGUGUAACUAGCCAAGGACUCGAGGAAUGCAAAAGCAGCUUGGCUGCAACAACUGCCAAGCUGGAGAAGCACAUGCAGGAAGUGAUGGAACGGCUGCUUGCAAAAUCGAAGAAGGCCGUCUCGUCCGAGGAAGAGUCUCGAGAUCUGGAAAGGCUGCGCGACGAGUGGGAGACCGCGCGGCAGUGCUUGAACAUCUGCUCCAAAGCCGACGAUCACUGGAAGGAAAAAGUGAGUGUCAUUGAAAAUCAUGGCUCGGGUGACGCUCUUCAGUUCAUGGUUUCCGCCAACGGAAAGGUCCUCCACGGAAAGAAUCGUGCGACUGGUUGGAGAACGAGGCAGGUGGGAGGCUACAUGAGCGAUGAAUCCAUUCAGCAGCUAUCGCGGGAUAUUGUGACUCUUAAUUUAAGCCACCUGGGACCCGAAGUGCCGAAUUUGAAAAAGAACGCAGAUGAGCCUUCGCCAAGUCAGGAUGACACUGUGGAGCGCGAAAUAACAACAGAAUUCAGACAACGGUAUGGACAUGGGUUCAAGCUCAGUUCAGAGACUUCAUCAGAGGUAACCGCCUCGUCUCCUGGACCGGAUGGUGGAAGGGCAUAG